AUGACAAGAUAUCAAGAAAAGAAAACUCACUUUCAUAAAUAUGUUGAAUUGCAAAUGACUUCUACCAUUAGUGACAAUAAUAAAACUUGUCAAUCUGAUUUUACGUCUUCUUCUACUAAUCCUCUUCAUCCGCUUUCAAAUAAAAGAGUUUUUUUGAAUAAAACUUCCUUGAAAACUUUCACUAGUAAAAUUCUUCCAAAUUCUUCUAAUUCUUCUUACCAGAAUAAAACUCCUUUGGUUUCUUCUAAUUCUUCUCAUCAGAAUAAGACCCUUCGUCAACUAGAAACAAAGAUAACAAAAAUAGAAAGUUCUGGCGAUGUAAAAGAGUUGCAAGAGGAAGUUGAACUUCUUGCUAAUAUUAAUCAAUUAUUAGAGAAAGAAAACGAUGACAUUCAUAAUAAACUGAACAGGUUUGAGAAGUAUCGAUUGCCCAGUUUAUCUCAGGAAACUACUACUAAUUUUUGGUCUACUGAAGAAGAUGAAGAUUUACCAAAAAGAAAAAGAAGAAAGUCAAACAAACCUAAGUUGUCGCAAAAGGUCAAAGGGAAAAGAAAAUGUCAUCAUUUGGAUGUUAAAAGCAUAUCAGAAAGUUCAGAAUAUUCCGAAGAAUCUUCAGAAGAAAAUGAAAAGAAUGAAAGAAGGCGAGGGUUUAUUGAGAUGAAAGCAAUAUUAAAAGGCGUUAGGAAAGAUUAUAACCUCAAUUAUGAGAACACUUUCAAUAGUUCUAGAAAUAUAGAAAUUCGUGGCCAGUUCAUAGAAGAAUUACGAAAGGCAAUGGCAUCAAAAUACCGUCCUUCGUGUCUUCAGUGGUCAUAUGUCGACCAAAACGACAUGAUUCUUAAUACAGAAUUCAAAAGAAAUGAUGCCGAUGAAUAUGAAAGAAAUGAUGAAAGAAAUGAAGAAAAUGAAAGAGAUGAUGAUGAAGAAGAGGUUGAAAUAAUGUUGACAGGUGAAGCUCAACAUUCGAACGAUGAUAAUUAA